GCAUUUACGCAUUACCUCGUGCGUUGCUGCAGAGCGCGCCACAAGUGCACACCAUGCGGGUAUACAUGCAAAGGUAAACACACGCGACGUUUGCUUAUAAAAAGAGGGCCACGCCGCGAGUGUCAACUUCAAGGCCCCAAGCCUCAGCUUAGAAGCUCUCUUUGCGAACGAGGCGAUGGCGAUGGCGAUGGCUACCGCGUUCGUGGCUUGCUGUCUGCUCGUGGCGUCCGGCGCUUCGGCGCGAAGUCUCGUCGCCGACGGCGGGAACUUCGGUGGCCGCAAGGACUACUACCCUCCUGGCCCCACCGACCCAAGCCACUCACCAAGCCCCACGCCCUGCAAUCAUGAUUCCCACGGGACGCCGCCCUGCUCGCCGGCGCCACCGCAAGGAGGUGGAGGAGGAUACUACCCGCCCACACCAUCCGUCGGUACCUCCCCAACCACCCCUGGUGGAGACUACAACCCGCCCUCGCCGUCGACAGGCGCCGCCCCUACUACGCCUGGUCGCGAGGACGCCCCGCCCGCGCCGUCCAGUGACACCUCUCCGACCACCCCUUGUAGAGGCUACUACCCGCCCACUCCGUCCAGCGGAACCUCCCCAACCACAAGCUACUACCCACCCUCACCAUCAACCGGCACUGCCCCAACUACGCCUGGGACUGGAGACUGCCCGCCCUCACCGUCGGCCGGCACCUCUCCUACCACCCCUGGCGGUGGCUACUACCCGCCCUCGCCAGACAGCGGCACUGCGCCUACCACGCCUGGUGGCGGGAACUGCCCUCCCUCGCCGUCCGCCGGUACCUCUCCGACCACUCCUGGCGGUGGCUACUGCCCGCCCUCGCCAGCCAGCGGCACUGCGCCUACCACGCCUGGUGGCGGGAAUUGCCCACCCUCGCCGUCCGCCGGCACCUCUCCGACCACACCUGGUGGCAGCUACUACCCACCCUCACCAUCAACCGGCACUGACCCGAACACGCCGGGUAGCGGUGACUGUCCGCCAGCCCCGUCCACCGGCACCUCGCCGAGCACCCCUGGUGGUGGUGGCUACUACCCACCCUCGCCAUCCACUGGAACUGACCCAAACACGCCUGGUGGCGGCUGCCCGUCCACGGGCACCUCACCGACGCCUUGCAUUGGCACAACUCCUCCCUCGGGCACUACGCCGACCCCAAACGUACCGUUGCCUCCAAGCACUCCCACGCCGUUCGACCCAAACAGCCCACCCUACUCCCCGCUGGUACCGACGCCGCCGACGAACACCCCCACGCCAUUUGACCCAAACACCCCACCGUUCUCCACUGGCCCUUACGGUUAUUGGAUGUCGCACCCGGGCGUGAUAUGGGGCCUGUUCGGAUACUGGUGCCCGCUGGUGCGGCUGUUCGGCCCGAGCGCCGCGGUGCCGUUCGGGUACGACCUGACCGUGCCGGAGGCGCUGGCCAACACGCGCGCCGACGGCGUGGGCGCGCUCUACCGCGAGGGCACGGCGUCGCUGCUCAACUCCAUGGUCAGCAGCGGGUUCCCCUUCACCACGGCGCAGGUGAAGGACGCGUUCGGCGCCGCGCUCAGCUCCGGCGACGAUCGCGCCGCCGCCGCGCAGGCGCAGCUCUUCAAGAUGGCAAACGAGGGGCUUGCCAAGCACUAGGCGUGGGUUCGUGACUGAUGCCGAGCUGCACUGGCAUGCAGCGUCACGCGACAACCCGCCAGCUUGGAUCUCUUCUAAAGUACGUGUUUGACUCGUUUGAUCCUGGUUUAGAUGUUGUGUCGUGCUUGUAUUAGGCGUGCUGCGUGCACGUGAUCUCUGCGUGUUUGUGAGAGAGAGUGUGUGUGUCUAGAAGUGUUUAAGUGGCCUGUGAAUUCGGUCUGCGUACGUACGUAGCGUUCUGCUAGCUGCAACUGUGUUUUAGUAGUUCCAGACUUCCAGCACCAAUGCAGAGAUAAAUCAAGUGCAGCUAAUGUUGGACGGGGAA